CCUCAAGCUGCGCACUGCCUUUCCACCUUCAGCGUUCAUCUGCGGCACUAAUAAGUAUGCCGCCAAAGACUCCGAGUCUUCUUGCUGUCCCUCUCCCUCCACCCUUCCUCCUACCCCGCUCUCUGUUGCGAAAACCCAUCAGCUCUUCGCAGAAACGAAACUUUGGCAUCAGGUCGAUAGAUCCUCCGAGACCGAACCCAUACAAUGUCGUCCCAGGCAUCAAACCCCUUCUCUCUACGCAAGCCGCAGCUUUCGAGCGAAGAAUAGUGUCGGACACACUUCCUCUCAGAACCGGGGCGCUUGCAAUCAAGAAGGGCAUGACCGCAAUCUACGAUGUUGAGGCCGGGAAGCGCAUACCUUGCACGGUUCUACAGCUCGAUCAAAAUCAGGUUGUUAGCCACAAGACAAGAAGGCGGCACGGAUACUAUGCGGUGUGUGUGGGCUGCGGGACGAUCAACCCCAAGAACGUCACGAAGCCAAUGCUGGGCCAUUACUCAACGCAGGGCGUCAGUCCUAAGCGACAUCAACGAGAGUUCCGUGUUCGUGGACGGGAAGGCCUACUGCCCAUUGGUGAAGAGAUCCGGGCAAGCUGGUUCAUCGAAGGACAAUUUGUGGACACACGGUCGAAUUGCAAGGGCAAAGGCUUUGCAGGUCCAAUGAAGCGAUGGGGUUUCAAAGGUCAACCCCGGAGUCACGGUCACUCCCUGAGUCAUAGAUCACACGGAACAAUGGGUGGAGGACAGGGCAGUGGCAGCAGAGUUCAUCCCGGAAAGAAGAUGGCCGGAAACAUGGGCGGGCAACGGAAUACCGUCCAGAGCUUGAGAGUGUUACAGUCGGAUCCGGAGAAUGGAAUUGUGGUUGUGAAUGGUGCCGUCAGCGGCCCGAAGGGCACCUUGGUCAUGCUCCAAGAUGCGUUGAAGAAACCCUGGCCCAUUGCGUCUGAACCUCCAAAGCCAGCCGACAUCAACGCAAAGUUGCAAGAAACUGCAAAGGCCGAAUCAUAACACUCGAGCGCUUCAAGCAUGUUGUAUCAACACAUUCUCAAUAAACAUUGUUGGGCGAGCGAGGUUAAGGAAUACAAUUUCAAGGUUCUCGGGGACCUUUCUUUUUCCUUCUUUUGCAGACAUUGCUCGCUGGUCUGAGAGUCUUGAUCAUGAACGGCAAAUAUUCAUUAACGUGUCGCGAGCCUGGCACGUGCCUCACAUAGAAUCGUCGAGCCGCAAGUCACAUACGUCUGUAUACUAGCGCAAUAUCACGCCUGCUCAUCAAAGGCAAUCGACACCCGAAA